AUGCCGCCAACAAACACUGACCGCUCCCCCGAACCACCAUUUUCAUCCUCUUCCUCCUUCUCCUCCUCCCCUUGUUCCUCCACUGCCUCAACCUCCGCUGUUGUGGCGUCUACCGUUCACAUCAACAUUACACUCAAUUCUGACACACCAACAAGCACCAACACCACCACCGUCGACACCACUGAUGAGGACCUGGUAUAUACCUGUCCUCAGUGCUACAGCACCUUCACCUCACACAUCAGUCUGGUCGGUCACUGGCGAAUCCAUCGCACAGAGACUGGUGAUUCAGUGCCUGGAGCAUCAACCUAA